GCUGGCGCGGCGUGGUAGUGUGCCUCCGUCCGCGACGCAGAGCGCCGCGACGCCCGCGCUCUCACGGCGUAAACAAACCUUAAACAAUCACUUAUCUCGCCGCGAUUAAACGAUACCACUAUCAGACCGUGAUAACUCAGUGUGAUAACAGAUAAGGACCCCGAGUGCUCUACCUUCACUUUUGUGUAUUAUGUAAAACAAGGAUUUUGUGAACCAUGGCAGCGACGACGGGCCGCAAGAGCUACUCCAUUCACGACUACCCAGAACACCUGAAUCCCUUUUAUGAGGAAGACAACCAUAACAAGGUCCGAUUCUGGACUAUCGGCCGAAAGCUCAGCAGAACGAAUAGCAUCAGUUUUUCUGGGAUUAAGGACCUGAAAAAUUCAUGGUCACUCCGCUCGUUUAUGAGAAAGGACAAGAAGAAGCAGUCGCCAGACAGCAAGCUCAACCAGCAGGUGAACGGCGACAGCAGCCCCGUGGUCUACCGCCGCGCGCUGCAAUACACAUCGACGUCGUCAGGGGCGCGCAGCACCGUCGGGUCCCCGGAGCACGCGGACCGCUACAUCUACGGGGGCUCCAUCACGCCGCUGCCGCGCUCGCGGUUUCAGGAGCGCCUGCGCAGCCCUAGCAACUAUGAGGCCAACUCACUCAGCACGACACCCCGCAUGGCCCGCAGCGAGGUGUCGGGCUCCCGGCUAAGCGUGGAGAGCACGAACCCAUUCGACGAUGCCCCGAUACCGCCCGUGCGCGCCUCCCGACGCAAGAAGAAACGCGCACCGAUGCCGCCACAAGGCACGGCCGAUACCUCCGCAAGCAGCAUAAACACCACAUUGAACAUCAGCGAAGUUGAAGAAAAAGCUCCCAAGAAAGAUCCGGAUUUGGAAGCCGAAGAUGUAAACUUAAACGUAGAACUUAAAAUAGUUGAGGACGAGGAGAUGAAAACCAAAGAUAAGGAAACAGAGAAACCUCCAGAUGUCGUUCAAGAUACAAUUGUAGAAGCUGUAAAGUAUUCCACAACCGAAGCUGUCCUUAAAGAUACAACGAUAGACAUUUCAAAAGAAACUACAGAAACAACACAAGUUUCAAAUAAUAUCUCGGUCACGGCACCCGUUUUGACUCAUCAGGAUUCUGACGAUGUCGUGGUUAGGAGCGCAGAAAACGGACUACACGAGACUAAAUUGAGCAACGCGGAUUCGGAAGGCGACAUUCUUGAUAAGGUAUCGUUCCCCAAAGUUGACAUUACCAAAUAUAGAAGAAAUUCCAGCGUCAACGAAGACGAAAUUCGACUCAGAAGAGGUAACUUAGAAGAUUACCACACUCUUGCAAAUAAGAGAAGCAAGAGUCUCACUAAUACCUCGGAUCCAGUUUACGUGGCAUAUGACGUCAAUCUUAAUGAAAGCAGAUCUGACAGAGAUCUAAAUGGCAACGACGAGCCCCAAAAAGUAAUUUGUAAGCUCUAUAACGAAGCGGUGAGAAAACAAAGUGUCGAUAAUUCUAUUUCCAGUACUGAAAAAGAAUUUAUCGAAAUCGAUAGAGCUACAAGGGAGCUUGAAAGGGAAAUCAGUAAGUUGAACUCGGCUUUAAUAGACGAUGAAGACAUACUGGGUGCGCCUCGGCUGUCUGUCACUGAUAUAAAGCGCAGAUUUGACAACAAUAAUUCCUCGCCCCCUAAUCCUAUACCAAAGCCUAGAAGAAGUCAUUAUGGGGGUAACUCACCUGACCACGUCAUCUAAGGUUAAGAGGACGUUUUAACAAUGUAAAACGCAGGAGUUACCUGUGGCAACAAUGCUAGUGGUAUUUUUAUUCCCAGUAGUAAUUGACCAAUAUAAUCCGAGAAUGAUAUUGAAAAUUAAACAACACGAGAGGCCGUUUUAAAAAUUCUUGCAACGUGCCUACAUAAUACAUGAGAGGGUCUCUUUCUACGCAAAGAAGUUGAAAAGACACUGUUGCGUUAAUUAGAUAUUAGGUACAUGCGUUUAUUUUAUUUAUACAACUAACUACAUUGGGGAAAGUAGUUACUAUGUACUUUAUAGACUUGCGAUUAUGAAUUGUCAUAUAUGUUCCAUCAAUUUUUUAAAUGAUUAAUUUUGGAUCUCACAAAUCAACAUUCAGAAUGCAGUAGUUUGUACAUAUUUAUUAGAAAGGUGUGAACUAUAUCAUAAAUAGUGAGAACUCGGGCUGAUGGUAGAAGUUUUGCCAUAAAUAAUUAUAGUAAUAUAUCAGUGUAGUGUAAGUUUUUCAAUGUGAUAAUUUCAUUUCCUUUCCAUAAUUUUAUUUAUGUUGAUUUAUUAAUAAUGGUAGGCUAGUAGAAACACUUAUUCUAGAACGUAAUACCUACAUAUAUCAAAAGCAAACUGUUUCUAAUGUUGCUCGUUGUUUAAUAAAUUAUUAUUUUAAUAGUGGUGAUAUAAUUAUUUUUAUUGAAACCAACAAAUAAGAUUUACUUAGAUAACUUUAAUAAAAUUAUACUACAAGUAGUAAUUUUUGUAAAAUAUAUUGGACUAUGUGUA